AUGGGUCUCGACAUUAAUCUGCGACGCAUCCGUCGCUUACGCGUGACCGUAGCCGCCGCAGACGCUGCGGCGAACGCGGCUCCGCCAGUCGAGGUUGUUCCGUCUCCCCGCGAUGUCUGGGAGGCCGCAGAAGCCGACAAGCUGGCCCCGUGGUCCCAAAAAUCGUCGGAGCGCGCUACAAGCGACGACCCCGCUCCCGCGCCCGUCCGCCGCCCUGCGCUCUCCGCCUUCCCCCGAAGUCAUUCCCUCGCGGCCCCCGGCGCGCGCAACAAGCAGGUCGGCCGCGUGCCUGGCAGCGGCGGCGCGGGUGGAUCCAAGCCGACGAGCAGUGGCGGAUCGCGGCUUCUCAGGCGGGGGGUCAGCGAGCGCGAACCAGGAGGGGGGAGCAGCAACCGGGCGCAAGGCUCAGGCGGAGGCGGAGGCGGAGCUUCCGGAAUGGAGGAAUGGAGCUGGAUGCGGCAGAACAGCCUGCGCGGAAGCGCUGCGUCCCGAGCCGAGGGAGCUGCGGCGGCAGCGGAUUGGGUUCGGCAGAACAGCCUCGGCGGAACCCGAACCUCCCGCUUGGAGCGAAGCUCUAGUUCCAGUCUUGAUAAGGACGGCGGAGAGGAGGGGGACGGCGGGGACAGCAGCGGUGAGGAAUUGGCGGGUAACGGGGACGAGCAGUCGGCCGGCACUGCCGGCCCAGCUGGCCCGGCCGGCUGGGGCAGGCAGCAAAGUCUGCAGCACAAUUUACGCGGUAGGUUUAAUCAGAGUCACUCCGUGCGGGCGGGUAGCGAUGCCGCGGGAGGCGGGGAGGACGCGACGGAAUGGGGGAGGCAGUAUAGCCUGCGCGGGGUAGGGCAAGGGCCGGGUGGGUCGAUGGUCGAGCGCCGACGUGUGCCGCGGCUGCACGUGCGCCCAGUCGCGUCGGUCGUCGCUUCUUCCAUCCGCAACCCCAUGCAAAUGGCCGCGCUGUCUGGCUCAGGGGGAUCCGGAGGGGGAGGAGGCGGAGGUGGAGCGCCCGCCGCCAUGGCUUUCCCGCGCUCGCAGUCCCUGCACCCCGUCAGGCGGUCGGUGGGGGGAUCCGGGGAUUGGGGAGCCGCGCGAGCCGCUUUUGCCGGACCAGGGAGCGACGAGGAGGAGGAAGCGGACGGUGAGGCGCGCCGCGCAGGUGCGGGCUGGGAAGGGGGGGCGAGGAGGCCGGGCGGGCGGAGGACCGUCGGGGGAGUUGGGGGCGGCGGGAACGACGCGGAGCCGAGGCAGUGGGAAGGGGGCGCCGUGGAGGGUGCGGGAGAGGGGGAAGCGGUGGUGUUUGAGCGCACGAGCACUGCGCCAACGGGGGAGCUGCAUGCGGCGCGGUAUCGGAUGAUGGAGCGCGAGAGCCUCCGCGCAAUGUACCGCGCGGACAGGGCGCGCCGGCGGAUGGAAGCAGGCUCCGGAGGCGCGGGCAGCACUGACUUCGGCCGCGGCGGAGGCGGAGGCGGGGGAGGGUGGUCGGGUAGCGACCGGGAGCGGGGGGGCGGCGGCAGGGCGGGCGCCGCCAGCCACCUGCGGUCGCAUUCACUGUUGGCGGGUGGGGACGACGAAGGCAGUGACGGAGGUGGAGGAGCGGGCGGAAGCGCGGAGGUCGCAGGCGCGCAAAGGGGAAAUCAUCCCUACCCCGCAGUGGGCACUUCGCUUCCGCCCAGCGCACGCAGGCCCGCGCCUUCCCGCCACCAUGCGGAGGCGGCGCAUGCCCCCGGCGGUCCGCCGCAGGGCUACCGUGACCCUUCCGCUUCCGCGGCAGCUUCGGGCGCGGGAGCGGGCGGAAGGGGUCACCGCGUUUCGUUGUCGCUAGGAGAUAUGGAGCAUGCGGGGGAACAUGAGGGGGCUGGCGCUGGCGGCGGCGGGGGCGGGGCCCCUCUCGCGGACGCGGGCGCAGGCGUAGGCGGAGGGGGUGACGGGGCUCCCACGUGGCCCUGUCUUCCGGAAGUUUUGGCGAACAGGGCCGCGCACGCGCACGGGCACGUACCUGCCUAUCCGCACAAAAUUCCGCAGAGCUACAGUCAGGGCAGCGUUGGGGGUAGCCCCGCGCGCAGUCGCGCCAACAGGAGCGGCGGCGGGUACGGGGGUAACAACAGCGGGGGUGAGAGCGGGGGGGAAGAGGCAGGGGGGGGAAGCAGUAGGCGCGGGGGAGAGGUCCGGGGAAGUGAAGUGGGAGGUGCGUAUACGAACAGGUUGGGUAGUGGCAGCAGCAUGAGCAGCAUUAAUAGUGCGUUGUGGGCGGACGAAGGGAGGACGAGCAGCAAUGGGGAGAGGGAGUUGGGGUUUGGAGCUGGAUCGAGGUCCGUGGGAGGAGGCGGAGGAAGUGGGGGGAGUAAUCAUGGUACUGAUGCUGCUUCUGCUGGUGCUGCCGCGGGGGUAGCUGAAGGGAGCAAGAAGAAGGGAGGGCUGGCGGGAGGCAUGGCUCUUGGUGCGUCUAGGUUGCGUGAGUCGGCAGCUGCACGCAUGUUCAGACGAUCGCCCUCGGUCACUUGA